UUUUAGGGUUUCGACAUUUAACUGAUUUUUUUGCCACAAAAUUCAAAGCAAUCUUUUUUGCCUCCAUAGUGAUUAAAAGGACAAGUUGAAAAAAGGAAUCUUGUUGCUAGAAACUCUUUUAAUAAUUAAUUGUACUCUAAAGACGGCUGCCAAAUGUUUGCUUCGGAUACGAUCCCUGCCAGGGAUGCCGGUAGAGUAAACACCGCCGGCAUGGUGCUGUUCCCAAUUCAAUUUACAUGGCCACAUGGUGGGAGAAGUGUCUUCAUUUCUGGCUCUUUCAAUAGGUGGGCCGAGCUCGUGCCAAUGUCGCAGGUUGAAGGUUCUCCCAAUGUCUUUCAAGCUGUUUGUGCCGUAUCUCAUGGUUGCCAUGAGUACAAGUUUCUUGUUGAUGGUGAAUGGCGACAUGAUGAACGGCAACCUCACAAGAAUGGUGACUAUGGAAUAGUUAAUACAUUUGACGCUCAGCCUGUUCCUGCACAGGUUCCUCAGGUGCAAUCUCGUUUAGAUGUACCGAACAACAUGGAUGUGGAUUCUGGUCUCACGCAUCGAAUCUCUACGGUAACACUGAACCAAACAAUGCCAAGGAUUUCAGAAGAGGACGUACAGGCCUGCCGCAACCGCAUCUCCAUAUUCUUGGCAUCACACACUGCUUAUGAAUUACUACCUGAGUCAGGCAAGGUCGUUGCCUUGGAUGUUGAUUUGCCUGUAAAGCAAGCAUUUCAUAUUCUCUCUGAGCAGGGUGUUGCUUUGGCUCCGCUUUGGGACUUUUCCAAGGCGAAGCUUGUUGGAGUUCUUAGUGCUUCAGAUUUUAUAUUGAUUUUGAGAGAGCUUGGGAAUCAUGGAUCAAAUCUUACAGAGGAAGAGCUUGAAACACACACUAUUUCUGCUUGGAAAGAGGGAAAGGCAUACAUGAACCGGCAAGUUGAUGGGCAUGGGAGACCAAUUCCAAAACAUCUCAUCUAUGCUGGGCCAUGUGAUAAUUUGAAGGAUGUAGCUUUGAAAAUUUUGCAAAGCGGAGUAGCUAUAGUUCCUGUUAUCCAUUCAACCUCAGAAGAUGGUUCAUUUUCCCAAUUAUUACAUCUUGCUUCUCUUUCUGGAAUACUAAAAUGCUUAUGCAGGUAUUUUAAACAUUGUUCUGGUUCUUUGCCCAUACUACAAUUACCAAUUUAUGUAAUCCCUCUGGGUACAUGGGUUCCAAGAAUUGGAGAAUCCAGCAGUCGGCCGGUUGCGAUGCUGAGACCUACUGCUUCUCUUAGUUCCGCAUUAAAUAUGCUAGUUCAAGCACGCGUAAGUUCAAUACCUAUAGUUGACGACAAUGACUCGUUACUGGACAUAUAUAGUCGGAGUGAUAUAACAGCUUUGGCAAAAGGCAGAGAUUAUAUACACAAUCUAAAUGAAAUAACCAUUUAUCAGGCAUUGCAAUUGGGACAAGAUUCCAACACUCCUUAUGAGACAAGAAAUCAAAGAUGUCAGAUGUGUUUGCGCACCGAUACAUUGCUUAAAGUGAUGGAGCAAUUGGCGAACCCUGGUGUUCGACGGCUUGUCAUUGUGGAAGCUGGCAGUAACCGUGUAGAAGGCGUCGUCUCGCUUACUGAUGUUUUUAGUUUCUUGCUUGGUUAAUUUGAAGUAAUUGCAGAUGAACCUAUCUAGGAGAGUGCUUUUGCACUGGACUCCCAGGCCCAAUGUUCCAAAGAGACCGCCAUACUUGGGUGAUCAUCGGCUCUCAAUUCAACCAUUCAAUUAACCUCUUGCUUUGUUGCCUUAUCUUUUAGAAUUAUAGGCCAAAGAAAGAGGAUGUAAUUUAAGAGGAUUUCAUUUUCCGAAAUUCGUUCAUCUACUCCUCGCCCAUGAUUUUCUUGGUAAGUAGAUGGCAUUCUCUGCAGCGGAGCAUGAGACCUAUAGUAGUUUAUUGUUAUCUUCAAAAUUAUAAGUAAAGAGACCUAAAUUAAGCUGUUU